CUGUCAUCUGUGGCUCAUGUCCGAUGUUGAUUCAUUGGCGAGUUUCAUAUUGAGAUAAGAAAAUAUGAUAAACAUUUAUUGAUAGUAUCGUGGUGAACGUCGCGUAUUUUGUUGCGAAUUUAAUUUUUAUUGAAUAAUAAAGUAAACGAUUGUUUACUUACACAAUACAUAAAAAUGCAUGCUAGACGAAGAGGACCGAAUUUUACCUAUGUCAGUGGAUGUGUUAAAUAUAUGAUUUUUGUAUUAAAUUUCAUAUUUUGGCUGUUGGGAGGCUUGCUUGUGGCUAUUGGCCUCUAUGCAUUCAUUGACAAAUGGCAGGCUACCGGGAUGAUAAAGCUGGACACUGUAUACGACUUGAUCCUGAACAUAAGCCUACUGAUAGCUCUGUUGGGCGGUGUUGUUUUCAUCGUUAGUUUCGCGGGGUGCAUCGGUGCGUUACGUGAGAACACAUGCCUGUUGAAAUUUUAUUCGCUAUGUCUCCUGAUACUGUUCCUGGUGGAAAUGGUGGGGGCGGUUUGCGGUUUCGUGUUCCCGCGGUCGCUGCACGGUUUCAUCGAGCUGAGCUUCACGGAAAGGGUGGUCCACUCGUACCGGGACGAUCCUGAUCUGCAGAACUUCAUCGACUUUGCUCAGAGCGAUUUCCACUGCUGCGGCCUGACAUCCGACGGUUACAUGGACUGGUCGAAGAACGAGUACUUCAACUGCACCUCCCCGUCCGUAGAGCGGUGCGGGGUUCCCUUCUCGUGCUGCAUCAACCCGACCGACAUCAGCUCGGGCCUGGUGAACAUCAUGUGCGGGUACGGGGUGCAGAACUAUCCUGUGGCUGAAGCGAGUAAACGCGUCUGGACCAGUGGCUGUAUCGAGAUCGUGCGUUCUUGGGCUGAGAGGAAUCUGUACACCAUCGCCUCCGUGGCCUUGGGCGUUGCUCUGUCUCAGUUGUUUGUGAUAUACCUAGCCAAGACCCUGGAGGGCCAGAUUGAGCUGCAAAAAGCAAGGUGGCAGACAUGAAACCGGGGCUCGGCAGUCGCGUACCGCGACGAGUGCCGGCGCGCGCUGCUGUAGCGGCGGGACUCGAACCCGGGCCCGCUCGUGCACCACAUGUAGGCGCAGUGCCAAGUGAUAGAGCCGCGUGUGGUGGGGGACCCGAAGUGACUCUAGUGCGGGAUAGUGCAAAAACCGACUGUGUGUUGGUGUUAGUGUGUACACAUAAAGUACAGUCAUGUAGUGCUCAUUGUGUUAGUGACACUAUACGCACACUACUGCAGUAAAGUGUGUGACGAGACAUGAUGUGUCUAGUGGUGUGAACAGAUGUGUUUGUUACGGCAAGUGAAUUUUUUCAGCUCUUUGUUUAUACACACUAAAACAGUGUCCAAAAGUAUAUGGGCAAUGGCAUUUGUUUCUAGUGAUAGUAGUGUACACACAUGCAACUGAGAUGCUCGAAAUGAAGUUUUAGUGUGUGGUAGUGUCUAUACACACUAAAACUAUAAAGUGAUGUUAGUGCUUCUGGAGCGGUAAUAUGGUCUACAAGCAUAGACAAUUGCAAUUAAGUGCUCAAAGUGACAUGUUAGUGUGCAGUGUGUUAGGCUACACACAUAUAACUGCAAUGUAAUGCUCUAAGUGAUGUAUAGUGUGUGUAGUGACUACAUCCUUAUAAUAGUGUCCAAUUUAUGUUACACUUCCAUUAUAAAUAAUAUGAUAUACAACAUAUAUACACAUUAACAAGGAAAUAAAUCAAAGCCCAGUAUAAACGACAAGAAAACAGUUAAAAAACAUGACUUAAUGUGAUUUCAGAUGAAAUAUCUUAUGAAUUGGCCCAUAAUAUUAACUCAUUACUAUGAAAUCUGAGGCUUAAGCAAUGAAUGGUGAUAUCAAAUUACAUAUAUCAUUAGAUCAGGAUUUGAGUUUUUGAAAUAACUCUUCAUGGUUUUGAAGAGUGUUUAAGAUUCAUUAACUUAGUAAAUAGAGUAAAUUGUUAUCAAAAAAUGUUUCCAUAAAUUUAUGGAACACAUAAUUAUAUUGUCUAUGUUUCCGCCAGCAGCUUCGCCCUUUUAGUAAAAGAAAAAAGACAGUCCAAAGUAUUUCCUGUAGUUCUCUCGUGAGAUUCCCGGAAUGAAAUCUCUGUGCUCAUAGAGAUUUUUUACAAUCUGCAUAGAAAAUUAUGAAUCAAAAGGAGAAAACGACUGUUAGACAGUAGGUAUUUGUCGAUGGACUUUAAAUCACCUAUAUCAUUACAUCAAAGAGAAUUGAAAUUAGACACACAAGGGAGAUUAAUUCUAGUAAUACUUAGGCACUUGUAGCAUAAAAAUCUGACUGUUUAUAAUAAAUUUUUAUAAAAUGCCAUAUUUUAAACGUUUAAUAUGUGGGUUCAUUGUUAUUAUGUUCUUGUAGUUAGGUGUAUUCCAUAUCUGUAAAUGACCCACACUGUAGCUAUAAGAUUAAAGUUAUAUAUAUAUAUGCUUAUAUUUAUAUAUUUCCUUUGAGAAAAAUACAUUGUUAGCUAUAUUGUCAUAGUACUAAGUGGCAUUUAUAGUCACCUUUAAAGUUUGUAUAAAAUUGCUCAAACUUAUACAAACUUUAAAUGUUAUACAAGUUUCUUACUAGAAUAGAAUCUAUAAUUUAAUAUAAAUAAAAGUUUAGUUAAUUAUAUAAGACAGAUUGUUGCAUUUUUCCUUUAAAAGUAUUUGCUAGAAUCAGUGUCUAAAAAAAUGUUAUGGUUUUUUUUUGUAUUAUUUUAUUGCAUUUAUAAUUUAAGGAAUCUCUUAAAUUUCUCAUAUUAUAUGUUACUUUGAUCUCUAAACAUGAUUUCAUUUUUCGAUCUUGUUUAUUCUAAAUUUUUUUUAAUAUUGGACAUUUGAACUUGGAUUAUUUACAAAAUUAUUAUCACAGCUGGUGAUUAUUUGAUAUUAAAGACUAGUAUGACAACCUGCUGAUAAAGUCACCAAUAACCUAUCAACCACAUUUCAUACAAUUGUCUAUCAUUUAUUUGGUAUAUAAACUCAACAGGACAAAAGUUGUGAAUAUAAUUCAGUUGUAUAUGUGCUCGUAAUGACAUUUAUCUAUACCAAUUUGGUAUUAAAAACAAAUCCAUGAUUAUCCUAAUAUUGCAUUUAUUUUCUUUAAUAUAUUCUUAGUAUUAUUUGUCCCCUAUCUAGAGUAUGUCUGCUGUUUUUGAACUAAACACUGCCAUGUAUAUAUUAAUGUAAAUUAAAAUCAUAUACAGGACUUAGAUUUCAAAAUGUAACCUUGUAGUUUAACCGUUAUAGAAAAUAAAUGUAUAUAAAUAUUGCAAUAACUUUAGUUGCUUAUACUAAGUGAGAUAUAAGUGAUUUUUCAUAAAAGUGUCUUAUGUAUUUUUUUUUAUAUUACACACUUUCGUAGUUUUAUGUAUGUUUACUAAUAAAUUCACAUUUUCUCAUGUUAUUAUGAACCUUUUUUUUUGUAUAAUUUAUUUCGGAAGAUGGUUAUGACAUCUCAUAUAUUUGAAAUUGGAACAUUCUGCAAUUAUUUGCUCGAUAAUGAUAUUAUUAAUUGCUCAAUAUAUAAUUGUCUGUUAUAAGACCAAAAUUUAUGUGAUUAUGUAAUAAAUAAAUAACCAAAUGUAGUAUAAGUUAUACAUAUGAUAGUUUAUUAGUUUAGUUCAAAUAUUCAUUAAGAAUUCUCUUUUUAAUAUAUUAUAAUUUAUAAUGCUUCGAAUAUCAGGAUUAUUUAAUGUGGCAUAACGUUGUUAGUUGGCUCGCCAUCAUUAUCGUAGGGUUGUCACAAUAUUUUAUAUAAAUUCUAAUAUGUAAUAACCUAAUCUCUUUCUGACUUCGCCCUAUUCGACACGGGAUAAAAAAUAAGUAACUGAUGUUACUUGCUAAAGAUGUUACUUCUUAUGAUUUUUGAAAUGUGUUAAAUAGUUUUUGGGUUAGUUACAAAUAAAUAAACAAUAUAAGAUCUAUGAAACAUUUAUCAUUUUAGAUUAAAAGUCGAUAAGUGACAGCCCUAGCAGUCCAAAACGUUGUAUGAACAAUACAGUUUUUAUACAGCCAAAUUUUCAAAUAUCUUUUAGUUGCCUAAAUAAUAUAGAAAUGAACAUUCCAUUUGGAUUUUAUACAACGCUACGCAGGUCGUGCUGCCAUAUUGAUUUUGUGACGUCACUACAAUGUAUACAAAAUUAUUUGUAUAAAAAAAUUUAUACUGCUUUUGUAUAUUACGUUAUUUUAUAUAAUAUAAUGUAAUUCUUCUUUCAUUGUUAAUAGGUGCCAAAAUAUAUAUACUCAUCAAAUAUAAUGGCUUAAAAUUUUCGUUUUUUUUUUUUGUUUGAGUCCAUUUGUGUCCCAUACAAUUAUAUAAAUUCAUAGAAACACAACUUGUUCAAUAACUUUUCAGUAAAACGUCUACAUUAUGACAAAUUUAUUAUAGAUAAAAGAUUCCAUUGUGUUGAUAAAUAGUUUCUGACUGCAAAUCUGAAGUACGAGUAACACGGAGUCUCCCCCGUGACCACGCUCGCUGUAAAGUGUUCGAAACGUCGGGUUAAUAAUAUAAUGAAUAAAUCGCGUUUAAAAUCCGUUAAAUUUUUUUAAAUUUCUAUAAUUAUGUUUACUAAUAAAUUGACAAAUUUCAUAUUAAAUAGGUAGGUCUAAUAUUUGAUGAGUAUUUUAUACGUGUCUCGAAUUUUUAUAAAUCAAUUAAACACUCGAUUCUUUACAUAAUACAUAUAUGAAUUAUUCAGUGUCAUGCUGUCUCCCUUGCACAAUUAUUAAUUAAAAGGAAAUUACUAGAAACUUGAUCUCUUUCUAAAGACUGGCCUGCACUGCCUCUAUGAGAAGCACACUCGACAAAUCCGCUUGUACGAAUGCGCAUGAAAAAGUAUAAGAAACUAACGAUAUAGUAUGCAUCUAAUGAUACAUGAAAGAAUCAUUUUAAAGUACCUAUGAAAAGUCACUUUAAAAUAAAUAUAAUUUAUGAUUGAUGAUAAUGCGUUUUACGGUACACAGAACAUCGAAAGGCCUAACAGAGAUAGCAAUAUAGUGCAAGUGAGAUAGCAAGAUAUUCCAGAUUAUACCGCCACCAACUUCACUUAAAUAAAGCGUGUCGUCAUCGAUUCAGAGUAACCUUUAGAAUAAUAUUCCAGGCAUUAUUGUUUACAGCUUUCGACAUACGAACAACUAAAAUUUGAAAAGAUAGCUAUAAAUAAAACAGAAAAACUCUCGGACCACUUUAAAUAGUCAAUAUUGAAAUUUCAAUAUAUUUACUUCAAUUUCUCGCUAUUACAAUGAUAAGUUGGUGGCACUGUAAUUUGAUGAAUCGAGUUAUUCAGUCACAACGAUGUGACGUUCUUUUUAAAAAUGUCACAAAAGAAACUGAAUUGUAAGAUAUAUAAUGAAAUAUGCGGUGUUCAUAUUACAAUCGUAUUUAGCUAGCGUAUUAAUAAUAUUGUGUAACCUUUAUAAAGAAUCAAUAUUCUUCUAUACUGUAUAUGCUGUCGAUAGAAUAAAUCUGAUUAAUA